AUGAGACCCCCCAAUCAGACAACAGUCCGAGAGUUUGUGUUUGUGGGAUUCUCCCGAGUGCGAGGAACCAACCUGUGGCUCUUUGCGGUGGUCUUCUCCAUGUACCUCAUCACCCUGGCAGGCAACAUGCUCAUCAUUACGGCCAUCCGCAUCGACCCCCGGCUCAACACACCCAUGUACUUCUUCCUGAGCAAUCUCUCCUUCCUUGACAUCUGCUACACGACAAGUGUGGUGCCCCAGUUGCUGGCCCACUUCCUGACCAGCCACAAGACUAUCUCCUUUGACCGGUGCAUGGCUCAGCUCUACAUCUCUCUGUUCCUGGGAAGCACGGAGUUUAUCUUGUUGGCAGCCAUGGCCUAUGACAGAUACGUCGCCGUCUGCCAUCCCUUGCACUACAAGGUCAUGAUGAGCCCAAGAGUGUGCAUCCAACUGGCGAUCACCUCUUGGUUCGUUGGCUUCCUCAACGCGGUGGUGCAGACUGCGUUCACCCUGUGCCUUCACUUCUGCAGCCUCAACAUCAUCAAUCACUUUGCGUGUGAAGUCCUGGCUGUUGUCAAGCUGUCAUGCUCGGACACCUUUGUGAAUGAUAUUUCACUGAUGGUGGCGGGCGUCAUUGUGCUGCUGAUCCCCUGCAUCCUAGUCAUGCUCUCCUAUGUGUAUAUCAUCAGUGCCAUCUUGCGCAUCCGCUCUCCAGAAGGCCGGCACCGAGCCUUCUCCACGUGCACCUCUCACCUGACCGUGGUCGUCCUCUGCUAUGGCACCGCCAUCUUUGCUUACUUGAGUCCCAAAGACAACUUUGCGCCCAACCAGGACAAGAUGCUUGCUUUCUUCUAUGCAGUGGUUACACCCAUGCUCAACCCUAUCAUCUACAGCCUAAGGAACAAGGAAGUCAAAGGAGCCUUGUCUAAAGUUGGGAAGACGUGGCAGUGA